CGAAGACCGACUCGCUCCAACGACGACGACGCAGCAUGGAACUGUUUGGGUAUGUGGCAGAAGUUCGUGGGUGUCGUGUUCACGCAUGUCGGGUACGCGGCAGCUACCGUGUACUCGGAUAAACAGAGACCAUCGUCGCCGCAGCGCGCCUAUUCCACGAUCGCGUCAGAUAGAGAUGCACGAGGACGAUGAAGGACGCGCACUUAAACUUACUUGAGUAGACUGACAACAAUAAGAAGAAGAAAAAGGACUGAUAUAAGAGAUUAACGUAUAGAACGUAUGGCGCAUGGAGUUGCAUGGCGCAAGCAUGGAAUUCAUACGCAUAAGGCACACAAGAAGAAUCUCACCAGUCUCACCCAAUUCCAUACGACUCAUGGACUCCAAUCCAUACAGUUUUCAAAAACCUUACAAAGGCGCCCGAGUGAUGUGAUUUUUUAAACAUGGUGGAGAUGAGAGUAUUUAUGUUGUUUUUGCGAGUGAGCAACCAUCUCCCUUACAGAGUCCCCUGAUAAAUAUAUUAUAGUUUUUUGAACAUGUUGCUGCAAGUGAGCAACGACCUCGAGUUCAUAUUUGUUAAGAAACUCCCAAAAUUGUUCUUGUCUGCCAAUUCCAACUGUAGAUUUGUAGACAGACAUGAGAGAAGUAGUUGUAUACUUUCGUGUCUGUUGAAGUACUUAAGUGGACAAAGAGUAGCUAUAUCAAAAUACCUCAACGCCCACGACGGGUUCUGCUUCAUUAGGCCUGUAUCUAUUAAUGAGGAAAUAUAUCCUUGGCUAAGCUAAUUUAUUUACAUUUUUUAACCAAAGUUGCAGAACGAGAACAGCUGCUGCAGACCUGUGUUUUGCUGCUCCUUUUGUACUACGCCGUGACUUCAAGAACUAGACAAAGGCUUUACUUUUGACAUUAUCACUUUUUAACAUUAAUUAUGAAUAUAUUAAUGAUACACUCACGGCAGUUGGGCGACGGAUGGCGCCUAGAAUAAACGGGUCCUAAACUAUGUGGCCAAAAUUUUUGUUAGUCCUAUUAUAUAUUUAUACGUCUUCCUUUUUUCUAUCUUUCCUAGGUAGGUUCUUGGCUCCACCGCAAUCGCAAAUCAUGAUUAAAAUGACACAACACGUAUACGGAAGAAAUAAUAGGAGCUGUAGUAAAUUCGAAAGCUCUCGCUUCCUUCUGCUUCUAUCUGCUUUCCGGGAGUCGAAAGGCGAGCGCGUUUGUAAGGGACUAGUACAGCAAAAAAGUCCGGAAAUACUUACAUAAAUCGUAGCCCCUUCCUGACGAGUUGCGUCGGUCUCUCGGAUAUCUCGGCCCCCAUUUUCUUCUUACACUGAAUGGAAAGUAGUAAAGUCCGCAAAACACAAAUCAUUUACUAGAAGAAGAGCACCACUCGCACUGCGACGGACGAAUGGGCCUCUUUAGAGUGCGACCAGUACUACAAUGAGGACCUGCUGUCGGGGGUACAAAGAUAUAGAGGUAGCGUUGCGCUUGACAAGAAGUUUGCCAGGCUUUUCAUCCAAGGCAGAGACUGCCUUCUUGGUCUAUGCCUACCAGUAUCCGUAUCGGUUCAAAUCCUAAGAGCACUGAUGAGGUGCCGUGACUUUCUUGCUUCUAGAUGAUCGCCCUUACAAUCACCAAUCUGUCAAGAUGAAGCGUUAUCAGGUGUUGUAGUAACCGUGAACUUCGAAGGACUCUGUUGCUGUUCGUGUGGCUGGCUUGUUUCUCGGUUAAUCAAUGUCACCCAGGAAGAUACACCCGCAGCCAAAGCAACUAAAUCAAGGACAGUGAUUACCACUACUCACUUGU